ACUUUCAUUUAUAAAGCAUAGUUAAUUAUUUUCAUAAUGUUGUAUACUACAUCUUAUAACUGGAAGUUUGUACUUUUUGACUGUUUUCAUUCAAUACCCUAUCCCAUCCCCACCUCUGCCUCUGGUAGCCACAAAUCUCAUCUCUUUUUCUAUGAGUUUGUUUGCUUGUUUUUUAAAUGUAAUUGACAUAGACUAUGUUAAUUCCUGGUACACAACAUAGUGAUUUGACACUGCUAUACAUUUGAAAAUGAUCCGCAUGAUAAUCUAGGCAUCAUCUGUCAGUAUACAAAAAAUUACAUAAUUUAUUGAUUAUACUCCUCAUACUAUAUGUUUCAUAUCUGUGACUCAUUUAUUUCUUAAUGAAAAGUUUGUUCUGCUUAAUCUCCCUUACCUAUUUCUCUCUUCCUCCAACCUUCCUCCUCCCUGGUAAUCAGCUGUUUAUUCUCUGUACCUAUGACUCUGUUUCUGUUUGGUUAUGUUAGUUCAUUUGGUUUGUUUUUUAGAUGCCACAUAUAAGUGAAAUCAUGCAAAAUUUGUCUUUGUCUGACAUUUCACUUAGCAUGAUACCCUCUAGGUCCAUCCCCGUUGUCGCAAAUGGCAAGAUUUUAUUUGUUAUGGUUAAAUAAUAUUCCAUCGAAUAUAUAAACCACAUCUUUUUACUCAUUCAUCUAUUGAUAGACACUUAGGGUUCCUCCUUAUCUUGGCUGUUAUAAAUAAUGCUGCAAUGAACACAGGAGUGUUUUCAAAUUCGUGUUUUCAUUUUCUUCAGAUAAAUACCCAGAAAUGGAAUUGCUGGAUCUCAUGGUAGUUUUGUCUUAAAAUUUUUGAGAACAUUCCAUACUAUUUUGCAUAGUGGCUGCACCAAUUUACAUUCCCACCAACAGUGUAUGAGGAUUACCUUUUCUACAUCCUCACCAACACUUGCUAGUUAUUGUCUUUUUGAUAAUAGCAAUCCUGACAGCUGAGAGGUAUUAUCUCAUUGUGGGUUUGAUUUGCAUAUCUCUGAUGAUCAGUGAUUUUGAAGAUAUUUUCAUGUGCCUGUUAGCCAUCUGUAAGUCUUUUUGAAAAAAAAAAAACUUAUUCAUGCCUUUUGCCCAUUUUUCAUUGGGUAUUUUUUUUAAAUGUUGAUUUGUAUGAGUUUUUGGUAUACUUUGGAUAAUAAUCCUUUGCAGAUAUACCAUUUGUAAACAUCUUCUCCCAAUCAGUAAGCAGUCUUUUCAUUUUGUUGAUAGUUUCCCUUCAUUGUGCAAAAUAGCUUUUUAGUUUGAUAUAGUCCUAUUUGUUUAUUUUUGCUUUUGCCACCCUUGUUUAAGGAGACAUAUUCAGAAAAACAUUGCUAAGAUUGAUGUCAAAGAGCAUAUUACCUAUGUUUUCUUCUAGAUGUUUUAUGGUUUCAGGUCUUAACAUUUAAGUCCUUAAUUUUCUGUGUGUGUGUGUGUGUGUGUGUGUCUUUUCUGUCUUUUUAGGGCUGCACCCACAGCACAUGGAGAGUCCCAGGCUAGGGGUCUAAUAGAAGCUGUUGCCACCAGCCUAUGCCACAGCCACAGCAACAUGAGAUCCAAGCCACAUCUGUGACCUACACCACAGCUCACGGCAACAUUGGAUCCUUAAUCCACUAAGCUGAGGCCAGGGAUCGAACCCACAACCUCAUGGUUCCUAGUCGAAUUCUUUUCUGCUGAGCCAUGGCAGGAACUCCCUUAAUCAAUUUUGAGUUUAUGUUUGAGUUUAUUUUGUAUGGUGUGAGAAAGUAGUCUCAUUUGAUUCUUUCACAUGUAGCUCACCAGUUUCUACAAUGCCAUUUAUUGAAGAGGCUGUCUUUUUCGCACUGUAUAUUCUUGCCUCCUUUGUCAUAGAUUAAUUACCCAUAUAAAUGUGAGUUCAUUUCUGGGCUCUCUAUUCAUUCAGUUCCAUAGAUAUAUAUAUAUUUUUUUGUGCCAGUACCAUGCUAAUUUUGAUUACUGUAGCUUUCUUCUCAACAUGGCUUGGAUAUUCUGGGUCUUUCUCUGUUCUAACAAUAUUAUAGACAUAGUUUGUGAAUACAGUUUCUCUCGAUUUUUCUUAAUCAUAAAAUCUCAACAGCAGGGACUCCAUAGCAGCUUGCUCCUUUCUUAACUGAUUCCUCUCCUAGGAGAGGGUCAAGUCAGCCCAUUCUGUGUUUGUACUAUCUAUAUAGUCUCCCCUGGACUGUUCAGCAAAUAGAGGCAGUCUUUUUUACUUCAAGGUAUUUCUACGUGCCAGAAGGGUCAAAAGUACUAAGAAAUAAUUUGAUAUUUUACAUUAUUCCCAGAAAAAUGUUUUUUAUAAAACCAUAUUUGCAAAUUAUUGUAAAAUGUUCAUUUUACUUCCUGAUUUUAUUUUUGGUAUUUAGCAGUGCUAGGACAAUCUAUCACAUUCUCUGCUGGAGACAAUUUUCAUUUAUUAAACUUAUGUUUUAAGGUCAUUAAAGUAACAAAUCAUGUGGAUCUAUGAGACUAGUUAGAUGUGAUCAUAAAUGCUCGCUAAGAUACUGACUUAUCUACUUUGGUAGGAGGCUGAGGGCUUGGACCUAGUCAGCAGGCCCUCAUUUAAAAGUGGAGGACUCGAUUUUGUAGUUAUUAAUAUGAAUCAGCUAUUGAUUGAGAAGAUUAAAGGUAUGGACUUUUGAUGACACAUGACUUUAAUUUUUGCAUUAAAACUAGGAAGGCAAAGAUGUGAGUAAAGCUAUGAUGUAAUUUCCUUUCCUAUAUACUUAUUUUUGUAAAUACUGUUUCAGAGCCCUUAUCUUUGAAAGAGAACAAAGGAAAAGAAAUGAUGCUGCACACUGCUAUCAUCGUAACCAUAACAAUACUAUAUAUGUCCAUGGAUACAUGAACUAACUGAGGCAGAAAGAAAAGGUGGUGGUGGGGGGACAACAAUCCAUCUCAUUAAACGGGACAGGUUUCACUAAAGUUUUCUUUUUUGUUUUAUAUUAACCUAUAAAAACUUAUUUAGGUUUUAAAUAAUUGUGUAGUGUCCAGACAAUUUUUAAACAUUGACUUUUGGUCACCUGAGAGUAUUUCUAAAUUUCACUUUCCAUUUUUGUAUAGAAAGUAGGUAGAUAAAAUAGUUUAAAAUGUGUGUGUGUGUGUGUGUGUGUGUGUGUGUGUGUGUGUGUGUGUGCGUGUGCAUAUCUCUUACAUUAGGAUGAAAUUCUAGGCAGAAGUGGAAUGGAAAUAGGAGUUCAGGAUGAAAAAGCUCAUCUAAAAUAGCUCAGUGUUACCAAAGAAUUUAACAGUGUAUUUUAUGAAUUAUUAUAUCGAAUUGCUAUUUUAACAGAUACCUUCAAAAAACUGAUGUGAAACCAUUUUGUUUUGUUUUGUUUUGUUUAAGUUGUAUCUUGGGAUUUGCAUCCUUGCAACUAUUUGAACUAAUCAUAAAAAUAUUUUGGAUGGCAACUUUAAAAUGUGUAGGGUUUCAUAAAUUACUUGAGAGGACCCACUUAAGAAAAGGAAUGGGGGGAGAAGGGCUUCCAGCCAGCCGCUUUGGCUGAGUGGUGGUUGGCAACACUUCUUCCCCAGCCCAGCCCAGCCCUCCCUGCCCGCCCGAGCAUGCAACCCCCUUCCUUUGGAGGUGGUGUGCAAAAAAACACAAUUGUUACAUUUUAAUGAGCUCUGCUCCUUGCCUGAGAUGAUGACAUAAUCUUUCAAUACAUGUAAUUCUCAAAAACAGCUCAGGAAAGUGAUUAUUUGGAAUCUCAUUCUUACAAAUGAUAAAAACCAAAGCAAGAAAACAGGUAGGCGAUGUUCUCAGACUGAAGUCUCUUCACGCCAAAGCAUCCCCGAGCUAAGAUGACAUUUGACCAAAUGAAUGCCAUGAAUUCAAAGGAAAAAAAAAAAGAAAAUUCUGCAUCAUUAACCACAUCACAGAAAAUAAUGUAGGUGAAGUGGGAGAGAGCUACAUUUGCUGGGGAAAAGGUUAUUUUCCUCUUAAAUUGCCGCUCGCCCCCGUCCCCCAUAAAGAUUAAAGCUACCUGCAUCAGGGGGUCGGCUUAUUAUAUCCGCCUCCCGUGCACAGGGCGCUGCGUUCCACCAAGCGUCCAUUUUUCUUUCGGUUUCAAACAUCCUGCCCUUGAAGGAUCCAGACAUGCAAACAUCUUCCUGUAAGUGUUCAUUGCCUUAGGACAAAGAUGUCUGGUUUAGGUGGGAUGCAUCGCCAGGCGCCACCGCCAGAGCUGCGCCACAAUACCCAGAGCCUCAUCAAGUGGUCCUUUAUAGUGCACCUUCAGACUCACCCAUCAGGGAAACGGAAGUGAGGGCAACUGGCGGAGGCCCCUUGGGCGGGAGAUGGGAGUCGACCCGCGCCCCUCAGCCACAGGUGAACGCCAGGGGAGUAAAGGACUGGACCUAGGUGGGGUUCUUGCGCUUAAUCCCUGGAAGUGGCACACUCAAAACACAAAAGCGCACUUGAGGUCAAGGUUCCUACUUUGCUUAGAGAAGCGUUAAUAGCUCUGGGCGGAGGCGAGAGUCAACAUCGGUUCUUUGAUCACCUCCCCCACAAUCCAGCUGUUUCGUUCCCAUAUCCGACCACUGUAAGAAGCAGGGGCAUUCUCGCAUUCUGCUCACACGGGCUCACACGUUUGUGGGGGAAAGAGAUAAACGGGUCUAGUGCUCUUAAGGAACACAAGAACCGCUAUGGAGCAGAAAAGGAUGCGUUUACAUAACACUUCACGUGUUCAAAACCCUUUCUCGAUCUUGUGGGUGGCUCUGAAAAGAGCCUUUGGGUUCCCGGGCGCCUCGGCGCGCCUCACUUGGAGCUCGUGUACUUGGUGACGGCUUUGGUACCUUCAGACACGGCGUGUUUGGCCAGCUCGCCAGGCAACAGCAGACGCACAGCUGUCUGCACCUCCCGAGACGUGAUGGUAGAGCGCUUGUUGUAGUGCGCCAAGCGGGAAGCCUCGCUGGCGAUGCGCUCAAAGAUGUCGUUGACGAAGGAAUUCAUUAUGCCCAUGGCCUUAGAAGAGAUGCCCGUGUCGGGAUGUACUUGCUUCAACACUUUGUACACGUAGAUGGAAUAGCUUUCUUUCCGGCUGCGCUUGCGCUUUUUGCCAUCUUUUUUCUGCGCUUUGGUAACAGCCUUCUUAGAACCCUUCUUGGGUGCCGGAGCCGAUUUGGAGGGAUCAGGCAUGUUGGCAGAUCUUCGCGCACACACACACACACACACACACACACAAAAAACUCCAAACCUCCUAAACCACUCAACUUAUACAUCCUGUAUUCAAAUGAAGGAUCAAGAGCUCCUAGUUUCUGAUAGGAUCCAGCGCCCCAUACGUCAUCACAGCAAAAGGCACAUGCAAAUUAGGGGAUAGCGGGUUCCUUUUCUGAUUGGCUUCUAUCACCACCCAAUGGGAAGGCUCCGACUCACCUACCUCUAGACCAUAUAUAAGGGCUCACUGACGCUUGCUUCAUCGUUACUUGGGGUGUUAUUUCUCGACUUUCUUCUCUCCCCGCGCCUGACUGAGAGAUGUCUGGCCGAGGCAAGCAGGGAGGUAAGGCGCGCGCAAAAGCGAAGUCGCGCUCCUCGCGCGCAGGCCUGCAGUUUCCUGUGGGUCGAGUGCAUCGGCUUCUUCGCAAGGGUAACUAUUCUGAGCGCGUGGGUGCGGGCGCGCCUGUGUAUUUAGCUGCGGUGCUGGAGUACCUGACGGCUGAGAUCCUGGAGUUGGCAGGCAACGCGGCGCGCGACAACAAGAAGACUCGCAUUAUACCGCGCCACCUGCAGUUGGCCAUCCGAAACGACGAGGAGCUUAACAAGCUUCUGGGCCGCGUGACCAUCGCUCAGGGCGGCGUCCUGCCCAACAUCCAGGCCGUGCUUCUGCCGAAGAAGACCGAAAGCCACCACAAGGCCAAGGGCAAGUGAGGCCGCGGAGGCGGGUCGGAAACGGCCGUGCGCCCCCUGGGGGCCCCGUGACACCAAAGGCUCUUUUCAGAGCCACCCACAGUCUCAAGAAAAGAGCAGCACUGGCUGAGGGCUGCUUACUAGUGAUGGCGUUCCACAGCUCACCUGCUCAAGGCAGGGCUCGCGGGAAAUCGAACCUGAGGUACGAUUGGGGUGCGCCUAGUGGCACAGAGGGCUGAGAGUUCAUUUACUGCGAGGAAUGUCGCCGAAAAUGCAACUCGUUUCCUUGAAUCUUUCUCCCAAGCCCUCAUGAGGUUUCAGUCCUAUUCAUCCUGAAGAUGUGUAUGUUAUUACCAGUGACAAGCAGCUUUAGCUCCGUAAAGUGUCACUGUGUGACAUUUAGAUGCCCAAUACAGACUUUUCUUAUACCAGGAAAAACGUGUAGAGUGAUCUGGUAUUGAAAAUAUUUAAACUUAAGAGAAAAAUCGUAGUCUCAGGUUCUGAUAGGCAGACAUGAUCUCUAAGUGUAUAAUGUAUGAACUAGUAUUUUAAAGAACAUGCUGUCUACUACAAUUGUCUAAUUUACUGCACUGAAAAUUCUAAGGUCUUAGAAAAGGUUUGUCUUGCUAGAAGCAUGUACAGUAUUUGAGAAGUAUUAAAUUAUUUUGAAAAGAGGUGUAAAUUAGAAAAAUAGAGUAAUUAUUGGAGUUCCCUUGUGCACAGGGUUAAGGGUCCAGCUUUGUCACUGCAGUGACUUGGGUCGCUGUGGCGCUGGUUCGAUUCCUGACCCAGGAACUUCCAUAUGCUGUGGGCGUGGCCAAAAAAGGGAAAAAAAAAGAACAGUUAUUUAAAGGAAUUUAAACUGUUAAAUUUGGAUUUGCCAGACAUUAAUCAGAGAUCACCUUAAAUCGACAGCUAAAAUCAGAAUAAAAUAAUUUGCACAUUGAGUUUGAUAAGGAAAACUACAUUGAUGGGUUUAGUAUAUUUAAAAUGAACAUUGUUAGAGGACUAGAUUAAGUAAUAUACAUGUGGAUAUUUCAGAAGAUGAUUUUUCAUGAAUUGUACCUUCUGUUAUAAAGAGGGUUUGAUUAUUUUAGAGAUGCUCCUGCAAAGUCAACUGAGAGAUGAAAAUUAGCACUUACUUCGUGGAUGAAGGGAUUAGAUGAAUUAAUCCAUAAUAAUCCCCUUGUUCAAAAAUCUCUAGCACAAUAUAAGAGUUCAGUGAAUGUUAGUUAUUCUUGCUGUCGUUAUUUUUUAUUACAACAAUAAAUACAAGCCGGUGAGAUAAUUCAGGGAUAUUUAAUAAAUAUGUAUCUUACUAAAAUUAGAUGUUCUCAAACCAGGGCUCCCUAGACAUUGAGUUAAUCACAUAUCUGUUAGUCUUUAGAAAAUAUCCUAGCGCUAUGAGACUUUCACCAAAAAUUGAUAGGAACUGCAAUCAGUGUGGGUGGAAAACACCUGACUCACCUGCAGUGUAGGUAGAUAGCAGGACCCACAUUGCCAGGUGGAACCUAUUUCAGUGCAAGGACCAAGGAUGAGGCAAGAAAUUAUAGAGCCUUCUGGAGACCAAUACCUUAUCUUUCUAGUGACAGCCUUCAUUCUAGCCUAAAUUCGAUUUUUGCAUUGAUUCUCCUGUAGGUUAUUAUAUGUCUUCAUCCUCUUCAGUGGUAUUUAAUUAAGAAAAAAAGGUUUUUCAAGAACAGGGGGCUUGAGUGUUCCAAGUGUCAUCAUGGAGCUCCAGAUUUUUAAUUCCUGUUAAGAGGAGCCGUGAUGUGCGAGGUGCUUAAAGGGGUCAUUUGUCAUCUCUAAUGUUGAGUAUAUACAGCCCCAGGGCCUAUUUAAUUUUUGAUUAAUUAAAAGUAAAUACAAAGACACAAUUUCUCAAUCACCCUCGCCACACACGGCCAGUAGCUACCACAUUGGACAGAACAGAUUUAGGUCUCCAUCAUUACAGAAAGUUCUAUUAGGCAACUCAGAUCCAAAAUCUGAUCAUUUAUCAGGGUUAUCAGGUUCAGAAACUUGAUAAAACAUGCAGAGCUGCCUGCCUUGCUAGAGAAAACUCAUCAGACUCAUGGUAAAAAAAGAAAGCACUGUAUGGCACAGCAAUGCCACCCCCAGAUAUAUACAAGGACUCAGAUGUCCAUAACACCCACGUCCCAGUCACAGCAGUAUUAUUCAUAUUCCAAAGGUGGAAACAGUCCCAAUAUCCAUAACAGACAAAAAGAUAAACAAAAUGUGGUCUAUCCAUAUAGUGGAAUACUAUUCAACCAUAAAAAGGCAUGACACAUGCUACAACAUGAACAAACAUCAAAAACAUUGUGCUAAGUUAAAGAAACCAGACACAAAAAGUCACAUAUUGUAGGCUCCCAUUAUGUGAAACAUCUGAAAGAGGCAAAUCCAGAAAGACAGAAAGUAGAUUAGUGGUUGCAAGGCUGGGAGGUAGAAGGAGGAAUAUGGAGUGACUAUUUCCUUUUAGAGUGAUGAAAAUAUUUUGGAGCUAGGAAGAGGUGACUGUUGAAUACACUAAGUGUUAUUGAAUUGUU